GGAUCAGCCGGAUCUUAGGAUCGGAUCAGCAAUACAUUUUCUUGUUUUCUUGCUAGCGUGAGACAUAACUAGCGCAUUUAUCCCAACUACCUCAAUCGCUGCACGUUACCAAUUUUGUUUGUGAAAGUAAGCAGAUAGGAAUCGAUCUACGAUGUCCGGAAUACUGUUCGAGGAUAUCUUCAACGUCAAGGAUAUGGAUCCGGAAGGUAAGAAAUUCGAUCGUGCCAGUAGGUUGCACUGCGAAUCAGAGUCGUUCAAAAUGGAUCUGAUUUUGGACAUCAACUCGUGGCUGUACCCGAUGGAGCUGGGGGAUAAAUUUCGCCUGGUAUUAGCCACGACCCUCCACGAAGAUGGAACCCCUGCAAGUAUGGAGUACAACGCGGCCGAAAUCGAAGGCUCCAGAGCGGACAGUUUUGAGUAUGUGAUGUUUGGAAAGGUUUACCGGAUCGAAGGUGACGAUGCACAGCUGGAAUCGGCCAACAGACUAUCGGCGUACGUUUCAUUUGGGGGACUGCUGAUGAGGUUGCAAGGGGACGCUAACAAUCUGCACGGCUUUGAGAUCGAUCAACACAUGUAUUUGCUGAUGAAGAAAUUGGCAUUCUAGACGGUAUUGGAUGUACGUGGAUUAGGAUUUAAGAGAAAGGGACUAAAUAAAAAAGGCAAGUUCACUU